GAAUCCCCAAAAACCACGCUCUCCAAAUGAUAUGAUAGUAGCUGCCUGGAUCACUUACUGUGCCUGCAGGAACCUUGCACGGGUACUGCUCUUCCUUUCCUCCUCAAACUCCCUUCCUCCAUUCUGGGAGACCCUCGCUAGUGUCGUCUCCAGCACUGGAACAAUGGGUAACAGCUGUGUGUGCAGGGAGGAUAGUGACUUGGAGGACCAUCACCAUGGUUCAUCAAGAGCAACCCGAGGACAAGCUAGGCGGGUUGACCAUGGUACAGGCGCAAGUGUUGAAGCUGGAGAGGCCCGAAGCAGUCGGCCCAGGGACCCAGUGAGGCCCCCGCGCAGAGGGAGAGGGCCCCAUGAGCCAAGGCGGAAGAAGCAGAAUGUGGAUGGUCUGGUGCUGGACACAUUGGCUGUAAUCAGGACACUUGUAGACAAUGACCAAGAGCCCCCUUACUCCAUGAUCACUCUGCAUGAGAUGGCAGAGACAGAUGAUGGUUGGCUAGAGGUCGUCCAGUCGUUGAUCCGAGUGAUCCCAUUAGACGAUCCGCUUGGCCCCGCAGUGAUCACCCUUCUAUUGGAUGAGUGUCCCCUGCCGACCAAGGAUGCUCUGCAGAAACUCUCUGACAUGUUGAGUUUGAGUUCAGCUCUAGCACGACAGGACGCUCUGAACCCUGCUAAACACAGAAACACUACAGCUGUCCUCGGAUGCCUGGCGGAGAAACUGGCUGGUCCGGCCAGUAUUGGAUUGUUGAGUCCUGGGACCCUCGAGUACUUGUUGGAGAGCUUGAGCUCUGAGGCGCACCCCACCGUCAUGCUGUUUGCUCUCAUCGCUUUGGAGAAGUUCUCCCAGACCAGUGAGAACAAACUAACGGUGUCUGAGUCGUGUAUCAGCAAUCGGCUCGCUGUCCUGGAGUCGUGGGCUGAGCAGAUCGACUACCUCAAGAGGCAGGUGGGGUUCUGCUCACAGUGGAGCCUCGACAACCUGUUCUUAAAGGAGGGGCGUCAGUUCACCUACGAAAAGGUCAACCUCACAAAUAUCAAUGCCAUGCUCAACAGCAACGACGUCAGCGAGUACCUCAAGAUCUCCCCUACUGGACUAGAGGCACGAUGUGAUGCGUCCUCCUUUGAGAGCGUACGUUGCACAUUCUGCGUGGAUUCAGGCGUUUGGUACUACGAGGUGACGGUCAUUACUUCGGGCGUGAUGCAGAUCGGAUGGGCCACCAAGGACAGCAAGUUUCUCAACCAUGAGGGUUAUGGGAUUGGAGAUGAUGAGUACUCGUGUGCGUAUGAUGGCUGCAGGCAGCUCAUCUGGUACAACGCUCGCAGUAAACCUCACUCUCACCCCUGCUGGAAGGAGGGAGAUGCAAUCGGCUUCCUGUUGGACCUCAGCAAGAAGCAGAUGAUCUUCUAUCUGAACGGACAUCAGCUGCCACCAGAGAAACAGGUGUUCUCCUCAGCAACGUCUGGUUUCUUUGCGGCAGCUAGCUUCAUGUCAUACCAGCAGUGCGAGUUUAACUUUGGGGCCAAGCCUUUCCGUCACCCUCCCUCUGUAAAGUUCAGCACAUUCAAUGACUUUGCUUCACUUCUGCCCAGUGAGAAGAUCAUCCUACCCAGACACCGGCGUCUGGCCUUACUAAAGCAGGUUAGCAUCAGAGACAACUGCUGCACGCUGUGUUGUGACGUCAUGGCUGACACGGAGCUGCGGCCCUGUGGACAUGGUGGUAUGUGUAUGGAGUGUGCCUUACAGUUAGAGACGUGCCCCCUGUGCCGCCAGGACAUCCAGACCCGUGUCAGACUUAUUGCACAUGUGUCCUGACACACUCCCUGCUCCUCCUCCAGUGAGGCGAGACACACGAGCCCUACAGCCUCCUCCUCCCUCUCUCAUCCCCUCUCGCCCAACAGAGCUGCACGGAUGGUGCCACAGUGUUGUGAUGAGACCAGAACUGUUCAUUCUGGUAAGAGGAGGUGACGAUGGAGAGGUGGAGAGAAGAACGAGUCAAGAGGAGGGGAAUUUAAACUACAGCUGGACCCCUGGGAGCUUUAUUUCAUUUACCAACAUCUCCUCUUUUGUAUCCUUCUGACGACUCGAAGCAGAAGCUGGGCCAAGAAUCGUCAACUUUGUACUCUGUAUGUUUUCUGUAGGAAAAAAAAUCAGAAGUGAGGAGCCAACCAGAAAAGGACAGAACCAACCUCUCAUCUGCAAUCCCCCUGUGUAGAGUUAUCAGACACCCUUUCAGCCCAGGGCUACUACUACUUAAUCCAAUCACAGUUAUCUGCAGAUCUGAAUGGGCCAGGUAGCAGAAAAGAGCACGGCUUGUAGUACAGUAUUAAAUAAAAGGUACAGAGUAAUUUGAGAUGUUUCUAAAUAUCAUGUUGUGGGUAUAGAAAUGCAAAUCAUGGCAUUCUCAAAGUAGCAGUUUCAUUCUCUUCUCUUAAGGUUUUACCAACAGCUGUUCAUCAGUCUGCUUCACUGUCUCAACUAUUCAGUCAUACACUGACAGGAUUUGCUUUCAUCAUUAAAGACACCUUUAGGUAAAAUAUAAGAUUUGCUGUCGCUGUUGGAAAGCUCAAAAGUUUCACAAUUAUUCCUCCGUUUCAGUUUUAUGAUAGAGUUUACAAAAGCAAACGUUAAAAAUGGAUUCAGCUGUCUCACGACUGAGAGCGUUGAGGACGCGAUUAUAUUUUUAAAACAAGUUAAAUGUGAAAUACUUGAAUCUGUAUUUGAUCUUUUGAUUUUCAGCACUUGCUGACCCUGCUGCUUCUUGUGCGUUAUUGUCUUUGCUCAGUUGUGUUGAUGUUGCCUCGGCCUCAGUCAUGUAUGGAAACAACCACGACAAAUAAACACAGAGAUUAUGACUAACAGACGGUUAUUCUGGAACGGACAUCUUCUUAUUAUUCCCCCAGAAAUAUUAUGCACAGUUGAAGAGUCAAUUAGGAAGUUGUCUACAAUUGCAUUUUAUCCAACAAUUUCUUGGAUUUCUUUCUUGGUGGCAACAAAUUGUGAUGCAGCAUGCCUUUGAGUGUGGCUCAGUUCUUCUGUCGUGACAAAUUCAGCCGUCUGUAUCAAGACGAUCAUGUUCGCUCCACAUGCUGUGAUUUAUUUUUGUGUUAAUAAUGAAGGCCAACUAAUGGUUACAAAAAAAUCUUGGUUGAGAGGUAUUUCAGGGUUUGUUGAUUGAUGGCAGUGUUGUAUUCGCAGAUAAGUAAAUGGUUGAAGAGAAAUGUGAAAUGUUGAAUUUUUUAAAUACCUGUUUACUAAGUACCCUCAGAGUCAUUGUUCAUGUUAUUUUGGGUCUGAUUUGGAAUUGAAAUAUUCCUCAUACGUUAUGAGAAACUGCUCACAACAAUGGCAACAUGACCUAGAGAGUGUUCACUUCAGUGCAGAAACAAAAUAAUGCUAAUGUUGCGACAGAUCAGAGCAGUGUUGUGGGGUGUGUUGUUUUCAGAUCAGAGGUGAUCUUGUCCAAACUGUUUUGUCAGAUGGAUAUGUAACUCCCUGGUUCAUGCUGAGAUCAAUGUGGUUCUCCUAUUUGUGCUUUUAUGUAACAGCAAAUCUCUGUGCUCUCAGAUUGCCAUUUCUCCAUCUUUCACCCCGUGUCUUCAUCGGAGCCUCAUGUUUACGCUCUCUCUCUCUUUUUCUGUCACUUGCUUUGCUUGAAGCAUCUCUGGGUUGGCUGACAUUAAUAUUCUGCGACAAAAAGGACAUUUGAGAGAUGCUGGUUCAAGAAAGUCUCUAUUUGUAUAAUUUAAAGAAAUCCAAUGACAUUUCAGACUAUAUGACACUUCAAUGUUUGAUUUCUUUUUUUUUUGGUUUGUUUUUAGUCAGGUUGUUUACGAAAGAGUUACUUCUCAACUGAAAUGCAUGAACAGAAUCUGUUGAAUCAUCCAGCCUAUAUUAGAAUGAUUUCUAAAAGACAAAAUGCAUCUCUCAGCAGGACUAAAGACUGGUCGGGUCACUGUUUGCUAUCUUGUAUUUCCUGGAGCACCUUAAACAUGCAGGGGAGAGAAAAUUCUACGGUUGGAGAUUCAGGAGUGUAACGAGUACGUCAAAUUAAAAAACAUCUAUAAAGGACUUUUGCCCCAGAGUUCCCAAAGAUGUGAUUGAUUGGAGAAUUGUUGUUUCCUGGAUUGUGAUAUUUGUAAUAAAUGUAUGUACAUGUGAA